AUGACUGAAGUAACAAGCCCUGAUUUUAAUAAAAAGGACUUCCUUGAGAGCUAUUGGCAAAAGCAGAAGGAACUCAGCCGCCGUCAGCGUCAAUAUAAGGCUGUUCUGUCAACAAAGUUGCGCACGCGAAAGGAGACAAUUAUGGUGAAAAGCUAUCAAAACACCAUUGACCAUCUGCGCACGGAAAAAGAUACGUUGCGCGCACAAAUUUGGGUAGCCAGCGGUGGAACCCAUCGGCGACAGACAAAUCGUGCGCUUCGCAAUAUUCAGUGUAACGUCACCUGUGAGGAGCAUUUGGCCUACGAUAUACGGCAUAUUAAGGAAUCCACAACGAAUUUGGAACGUGAAAUUAGUCGAGUUAAUAAGCAAGUGUACGAUUUAAAUCGCCGUACAGUGCCCGAUUCACAGCAUCAGGCGUAUGUGGCGCGCAUGCGCAAGAAGCUAGCCAUAUUGGAAAAUCAGUUGGAGGUUGGCGUGCGAGGCGAAUGUGCUUUCACAGCCGUCAAUAGUGAACUGCGAGCGGAGCUGAUGAUGCUGCUGCAGCACCGCACCAGUUUCAACGAUAUCUACACAAAACUGGUUCAAAAAUUAAACAGCGAGAGGAAAUACAUAAUCGACUUGAUCGACUAUGCGCUAGCCACAUUCGAAAAUUGCAUACACGUUUAUGAAAAAAUGAACAACUUAAUUAAGAAGGAUGCAAAGGAUCACGAGUUUAGAAUGGUUGAAAUGCAGGCUACUAUGCGGAAGAGAGCAUCCGACGCGGCUAAAUAUAAGUUUUUGGAUUGUAAAACUCGAGAAAGGAUAAUGGACGAUCUGCAGCCAAAAGAGUAUCGACGGCGUGAGAGAUUUCGUCAGCAACAUCGUAAAAAGAUCAAUUUAUAUAACACGAUAUUGCAAAAAAUUUUGGAAUACACCGACUCACAUGAUGUGUCCGCCGUCAUUAAUAAGUUUCAGCAACAAGAAAGCCUUUACUAUUCGUAUUUUAACUACGCCAAUGAAUUGAGCUAUCACAUGACUCUGCUCAACAACACAGUGAAUCGAUUAUUUAAUGAAAUUUCCGAACUUAAACAUACCAACCAUAAUACGUUGCAAACUCAGGUAGACACUAUUGAGGAACUCGAAAAUACGCUAAAAGAGCGGCAAAAGAAGAAUGAUGAUCUGCGUAAGGUGCGCGAUGAAAACGACGCACGGCUCAAGAAAUUGCUUGAAGGCAUACAGGUGAUCAAAGUCCAGUCGCGUGCCGAUUGCAAAUCGCUCGAAGCACUGUUGGGUGACUUUUCCCAUGUCAAUCUCUCCAAUAUGCGUCACUUCCUGAAGAUACUGGAGAGGCGCAUACACUCCAUCACGAUGGCGCAAUAUAUGCUCGAACGAAGCGGUUCCACCAGCAAUCAACCUAAUUAUAUCGUUAAAGAUGUGCACAAAAUUUGCGAUUGGCCAACACCCUUAGAUGACAUUGUUCUGACGCAACAAUGUCCGGAAUGUGGCGAGGCCGAUGCAACCAAUGUUGAAGAUACUGAGGGUGGCGAUGGUAUACAGAGUUGGAAUACUGUAAAGAAGAAAUUGUAUGAGCGUGUCAUUCAGCCGGAAAUGCAAUAUCGCUUGCACAGCAUUAGUCAGUGUCGCUUGCCGAGAUCGCGUAUGCUUGCAGCGAAACGUAAUGAUUGAAACGUA